AAAUAGUGAUGGACAACCUAAUUAAUAUACUUAUGGUCAUAACUGAACCCUGGCUUCUAUAAAUUACGUGUUUUUGUUGAUAACAUUUCCACAUAUUAACCCUGGCUAAAUCUAAAUGGAUUCAGCUUCUUCAAGUCUCCUUUGCAACCCUUCUUCCUUGCAAAGCAGACAAAACCUCCUACCCACACAGUUCAUAUGGCCAAAAGAAGACUUAGUUAAUGAAGCCUCUCAAGAGCUAAACGAACCCUUAAUAGACCUUGCCGGAUUGUUCCGCGGUGACACCAGAGAAACCCUCAAAGCCGCGGAGCUGCUCCACACUGCUUGCGUAAACCACGGCUUUUUCCAAGUCACCAACCAUGGGGUGGAAGAAUGGCUUGUUUCCGCCGCCCAUGAGGAGCAAAAUAAUUUGUUUAAGUUGAGAAAUGAGAAAAAGAUGAGCCUGAAGAGGAAGGCUGGGAGUAUCUGGGGUUACUCUGGUGCACAUUCAGACCGAUACUCGUCCAAGCUGCCCUGGAAGGAGACUUUCUCCUUCAGAUAUGAUCAUGGAAAUUGUUCAACCCACAAAAUGGUUCAUCACUAUUUUACAUCUGUCAUUGGAAACGAGUUCGAAGAAGCAGGGAUUGUCUAUGAGUGGUACUGUGCUGCAAUGGAGAAACUAUCAGAAGCAAUAUUUGAGCUGCUGGCGAUCAGUUUGGGAGUGGAACGGAAAGUGUUUAAGAAAUUCUUUCAAGACGGAAGCUCCAUAAUGAGAUGCAAUUAUUAUCCACGGUGCAAUCAGCCGGGGCUUACUCUGGGCACAGGUCCGCACACAGAUCCCACAGCCCUCACCAUUCUUCAUCAAGAUCAAGUCGGAGGACUCCAAGUUUUUGCAAGUAACAAGUGGCAAUCUGUCCGUCCCCGUGCCCACGCAUUUGUCGUCAAUAUUGGCGAUACAUUUAAGGCACUAACAAAUGGAAAAUACAAGAGUUGCAUGCACAGGGCAGUGGUAAACAAGGAGAUGGAAAGAAAGUCACUGGUUUAUUUUGUGUGCCCCAGAGAGGACAAAGUAGUGAGAGCAGUGGAGGAACUUGUUGACAAACAAGGCGGGACCAGGAUAUACCCUGAUUUCACGUGGUCCGAUUUGUUUACUUUUACUCAGACUCACUACCGUGCUGAUAACUCCACCCUUGUUUCUUUCUUCUCUUGGCUUCUUCCGUCUCCCACUGCUGUCAAUCAUCCCUCAGCCUCAGGGCGGACCUAGGAUCAACUUUAAAGCAAAUUUUCGAUGAUUACUUAUACAUUUUUAAAUUUUGUGAAAAUAUUUUUAUAAUUUUAUAAAUUUUAAAAUAGAGAGAAAUGUAAAAAAAAUUAAAGAGGACACGUGUCCUUUGUGUGUCUUCCUAGACAUAUAUCUUUAUUUUUUUUAUUUAGUUCUUUGGAGCUCUUGUGAUUCU